CCAUCUGAGGUGUUGUGAUGAGGGUGAAGUGAAGGCAGGGAUUGACUGGACUCUCUUUCGCCUUAUUUUUAUGCCCUUUAGCUUAACUCUCUCCAUAUUUGACGACCCUUGAAGACACCAGCGGUUUACAUGACCUUCACAUUAUAACAUUAGUGAAAAUGGAGGCUGAGGUGUUAGCACUAAAGUGGAACAACCAUCAGAGUAUUUUUUACCACAUCAUCAGUGGGUUGCGGACAAAGGGUAGCUACACUGAUGUAACCCUGGCAUGUGAGGGCAAGUUCUACCCCGUCCAUAAACUGGUUCUAUCAACUUGUAGUGAAUACUUUAGUGACAUUUUUGACCGCACGCCAUGCAAAAACCCGGUUGUAGUUCUUAAGGACAUACAGUGUCGUGAUUUAGAGUUCUUGCUAGACUAUAUGUACAUAGGCGAAGUGAACGUGAGACAGAAUGAACUCUCAUCCCUUAUAAAGGCUGCUGAGUGUCUCAGAGUGAAAGGUUUAGCUGUGCCAGAUGAAGAACCAAAGCAGGCAACAGUGGCCACUACCAAUACCACCACCAACAACAAUAACAGUGGGUUUUCUGGGACGAGGCAGCGGCCAGUGGAGCAGCAACAACAGCAACAACAGCAACAACAGCAGCAGCAGCAGCAGCAGCAGCAGCAGCAGCAGCUUGGUGAACGCAGCAGUAGCCCCCCUGCCAAGAGGCGAAAGGGGGAGGAGCGGAGAUCUAGCAACCCUCCCCCGGAAGUUGAACCAAGCACUGUGGUGCCGCAUGUCGACCGACCCCUGGAAGACAAGCCCAGCGAUGAGCCAUGCUUACCUCAACCCCCACAGGAGUCAGAAGUGGCAGCCGGUGAGGCAGAAGGAGAAGCUAUGGAGCCGCCACCACUACCUCACAUAAAAAUAGAACAGGACCUCGAAUACCAGGAUAACUACGACCUGCCCUUGAACUCCAACCCCUCAAGCUUCGACGGCGAGCCCUAUGCAGGAGAGUCUGAGGAUGGAGUUCGGACAAAGGUGGAAGGAAAAGACAAUGGAAAUGUUAUGGAUGAUGACUUAGGAGCUAAUUUCUCUGACAUGCUACAGUCAACUCUAACGAGUGAAGAAAACAUGGAACAUCACUCAGGAAUCCAUCCACAUGUAAAUUUAGAGUCAUGGGAUGGUGUAUCGGGUGCGAGAGCUCUGCCGGGACACAACCUAUCGGCUGCAACCGUUUCCCACACUCCCUUGGCCCACCACCAGCAACAGAAGGCUGCUGUGGCUGCUCUGGGCCUCCUUCACUCCGCGGGUGACACGCAGCCAGCGCUCCGCCUCCUCCACCAACAGCAUGGCAGUGCCGCCGGCCCACCUUUUACGUCACAACAGAAUGCAAUGGUAGGGGAAGGAGGAAUGUUGUCAGAGGAGUUCUUUGGAAAGAAGGACAAGCUGCAGCGAGAGUAUGUAUGCCAAUACUGCGGCCGAGAGUUCAGUCACAGGACAAAUUUGCAGGCCCACUUGCGAAUACAUACCGGUGAGAAGCCAUUCCAUUGCCUUUACUGCCCCUACCGCACUGCGCUGAAAGGGAACCUCAAAAUGCAUACCAUCUCGCGACACAAAGCCGACUGGAAAACCAUCAAGCACUUAGUUCGGCCCAUGAGCGAAGAAAACUCAAGUUGAACUCUGCCUGUGGGUGAGCAUUGCUUGCAGUAAAGCUUGGUCACAGUUAUGUUAUGCCAGAUUCUAGUUUAAUGUAUAUAAAAAUAUUACUGGGAAAAUAGAUGAAUAAGAAAAGAAAUAAAAAAGGAACAAAAAAAAAGGUUGAAAUGUGUGCUUUGUGUUCUGUGUUACAAGAAAGAUUAAAAUUCCUGUGAAGUUAUACAUUCUGAAAUGUUGGACAUUACUCAGAAAGUGAUUAAGUGACAUAUAAUACAUAUAUAGAAUUGGAAUAGAAGAAAAAAGAAUUAUGAGCAUCAAUGAAUUUUAUGUAGCUAAUGAUUACUACAUGAUCUCAUGAUACUUCUUCAACAACUAAGAAAUUCUAAGAGUGCUUGGGAUCGUAAGAAGUAGUACAGUAUAGAAAAGGUGUACACUAGAAAAGUAGCAUUACACUUAUAAUCAUACCUUUUUUGCAUUGUGAUCUGAUGAGUAGAUCUGUAAAUGGUAAACAGAUUUUGACAAAUGUUAAGAUACUUUUGAUGAAAUGUAGAGAGGAAGAAAAUGUAUUGUUAUUAUUAUUGUUUUUAUUAUUAUUAUUAUUAUUAUUAUUAUUAUUAUUAUUAUUAUUAUUAUUACUAUUAUUAUUGUUAUUUUCAUUUGUGAGAGAAUGCAAAGUAAAACUGUAAAUAGAAGGAUGUUAAAUCUUGAGUAAUGAAUUUGUCUCAAGGAGUGUGAUUUUUAUGUAGGGUGUUUGUAAUAUCUUUAUAACUGAUGCUUGAAUAUUAAAAUAAACUGAGCAGGCAUGAUUCACUAUAUGCACUAGUAUCGUAUUGAAGAAGUAGGGUGAAGGCAGGUAGGCUUCAGUAUCAUAAAAAUGGGCAUUUGUAUAUCCAUAUAAAUUUUAAGGUAGCUGUCUCAAUACCUUAGGAGUUUGUAAGAUAAAAGAGAUAACACAGUUAGUUAGUUUUUUUUGUGCAUUGAAUAUUGGUUUUAAAGAGAGUGAAUGUAGGAGAGAAACUUUGUUACUUAAUAUUAUCAUUGAUAUGUAUUUAUUUUUUAUUCAAUUAUAUUUUAUUUACUUAUUUUCUCUUCUAGUUUAAUCUAUUGACACCAGGAGGGUAUGUAUACUGUCCACUGUGACUUUGUUUUAGCAAUGUUGUUUAUGCACAAAUGUCUCACAAACUGUCUAAUCACCAACAGGAAAUUACUAAGCCUACCUUAUUUUAAUUGUUUACCUCAUUCCUUGAAUUUUUUUUUGGAGAGAAAGGUUUUUGUUCUUAUUACUAUUAUUAUUGUUAAUAACAUAUUUAAUGAUAAUAACAAUGAUGAUGAUGAUAAUAAUAAUUAUAAUAAAUUAUAAUAUUAGUAAUAGUAAUAGAAAUAAGAAAAACAUGAGUGAACAGGAAUGAGAUUAAUAGGUAAGAUGAGGUAGAGCAAGUAAUUGAAUCUUGGGUGCUUUUAAACCAUUUGUGUGUUUACAAAAUUGAUAAAAACAGAGCCACAUUAGACAGUGUAUGUACCCAGUGCCAAUGGGUUUAUGUAGGAUAAAGAUGAACAAGACUAAAAGAUGUCUAGGUAUGAAUUGGUGCAUGAAGAUGUAGUUUAGCUGUAAAUAUUAUAUAUAUACAAAUAUAUACUGUGGACACGAAGAAAAUAAAAGGUGCUGGAACUAGACAGUUAUUGAUUAUGCAUAAGAAGUGGCAUCUUAUUUCUCCUAGCUUUUUAUACUUUCAGUUUUGUGGGGGUUAUUGUGAAUCCUGUUAUUGCUUUUAUUUAAGUUUAAAUAUGAUUCACCCUGCAAAGUGAUUUGUAGAUUUAUUAAGAGUAAUGCAGUCAGAUAAGCAGUUGACUUGUCUUUGUUGUUUAGCAUUUUAUGUUGUAUAUUGACAGUUUUGUGUCAGUGGCAGUUAUUAAUACUUUGUGAUUUCUUCGUCUGAUGGCCACAAGAAGGCAGAUUUGCUUUUUUUUAUUUUAUGGCCUUCUACUUUUUUCCCUAACUCAUUUUUUUUCUUCUCUUUUCUUUCUUGUCUCAUCUGUAGUCAAUUGUUUCCUGGUGUGUUAGAAUGCUAAAGCUAGAUUGCAUAUUGAGGUAUGUAUUUCAAAAUCUCUUUGCUGCAUCAUUAUUAUUAUUUUCAUUAUCAUGCUGGAUGUCACUUUCUUAUCAGUAUGGUUAAGAUUUCCUCUUUAAUUUUUUUUUUUUUCUUGGUCCUUUACUUUCAACUUUUUAUUUGACUUGUAUGAUAGUUUGUCUUCACGUCUUUUGAAUGCUUUCCUUAGUUAAUUUGCCAAUAUUUAAGAAUUUCUUUUAUUUGGCAGCCUUAUUUACCAUUGCCCAAAAUACUUCAAUCUGAAAUGAAGAAUGCUUUUGUACCCUCCAUAUUUGGUAUGGAAACGAGUAGAAGGCCAUUAACGGUAAAAUGAAAAUAAUUUGUCCUCACCUUGUGCUUCUUCUUGGGUGAGUCCUUGUUAAGAAUGCGAAUGAUUUCUGCAAGUGGCAUAAGAGCACACAUUACAUUUUGAGUUAAUUUGCAUUGAAAUUGAAUAUUUAUUCUUUUCUUUUUUCUUUUUCCAAGUCAGCAAAGGAAGAGAAAAGAAAGUAUAAUUCUGGUCACAAAUGUUUUUUUUUUUAUUUUGUAUUGGUAUUUAUUAUAGGCAAGACUGUUAUUGUGAUAUCAUUGAAAUUGGUUAUUAUUGAUUAAUAAUCACUGAAUUUAUAGUAAUCCUUAAAGGAGUUAUUUACAUUUUUUAUACACGUACUAGACCAUUUGUCUGGCUUCCAGAAAACUAUAUAUAUAUAUAUAUAUGAAAAACUAAUUUUAAAUCUGGUGGACUUUGUAGUAAUUUAUUGCAAAGCUGCUUUGAUUUUUGUAUGCAACACACAUCAACUUCACAUUAUAGCCACCAUGUACACUUUAUAUAUACACAUUUUACCAUGUCUGUAACAAUAGCAGAAGGCAACUUGCCCCUGGAAAGACAGAAAGGAAUGGUUUUGCUCCAUACUUUUCUUUGUUUGCUUUUCAUCAGAGAUUUUAUGUUCUACAUAUUAUGUAUUUCAAGUGUGGAUUGAGAAAGACCAAACAAACCUUGCUUCAGACGUAUGUCAAAGUGUAUCUGUUAAAUACAUUUUUUUUCCUUCC